AUGCAAUCCCCAGGGCAGAAGACAGGCACCAUCCAAUCCCCAGGGCUAAAGACAGAUGCCAUCCAAUCCCCAGGGCAGAAGACAGGCACCAUCCAAUCCCCGGAGCUGAAGACAGAUGCCAUCCAAUCCCCAGGGCAGAAGACAGGCGCCAUCCAAUCCCCAGGGCACAAGACAAACACCAUCCCAUCCCCAGAGCAGAAAACAGAGGCCAUCCAAUCUCCAGGGCAGAAGACAAAUGCCAUCCAAUCACCAGGGCAGAAGACAGGUGCUAUCCAAUCCCCAGGGCACAAGACAAACACCAUCCAAUCCCCAGAGCAGAAGACAGAGGCCAUCCAAUCCCCAGGGCACAAGACAGGCACCAUCCAAUCCCCAGAGCAGAAGACAGAGGCCAUCCAAUCCCCAGGGCAGAAGACAGACAACAUCCAAUCCCCAGGGCACAAGACAAACACCAUCCAAUCCCCAGAGCAGAAGACAGAGGCCAUCCAAUCCCCAGGGCAGAAGACAGACGACAUCCAAUCCCCAGGGCAGAAGACAGGGCAGAAGACAAACACCAUCCAAUACCCAGAGCAGAAGACAGAGGACAUCCAAUCCCCAGGGCAGAAGACAAACACCAUCCAAUUCCCGGGGCAGAAGACAAACACCAUCCAAUCCCCAGGGCAGAAGACAGAGGCCAUCCAAUCCCCAGGGCUGAAAACCAACACCAUCCAAUCCCCAGAGCAGAAGACAGAGGCCAUCCAAUGCCCAGGGCAGAAGACAAACACCAUCCAAUCCCCAGGGCAGAAGACAGACGCCAUCCAAUUCCCAGGGCUGAAAACCAACACCAUCCAAUCCCCAGAGCAGAAGACAGAGGCCAUCCAAUGCCUAGGGCAGAAGACAAACACCAUCCAAUCCCCAGGGCAGAAGACAGACGCCAUCCAAUUCCCAGGGCAGAAGACAGACGCCAUCCAAUUCCCAUGGCAGAAGACAAAUGCCAUCCAAUUCCCAGGGCAGAAGACAAACACCAUCCAAUCCCCAGAGCAGAAGACAGAAGCCAUCCAAUCCCCGGGGCAGAAGACAGACGCCAUCCAAUUCCCAGGGCAGAAGACAAACGCCAUCCAAUCCUCAGGGCAGAAGACAGGCGCCAUCCAAUCCCCAGAGCAGAAGACAGGCGCCAUCCAAUUCCCAGGGCAGAAAACCAACACCAUCCAAUCCCCAGAGCAGAAGACAGACACCAUCCAAUUCCCAGGGCAGAAGACAGACACCAUCCAAUUCUCAUGGCAGAAGACAAAUGCCAUCCAAUUCCCAGGGCAGAAGACAGACGCCAUCCAAUUCCCAGGGCAGAAGACAAAGCCAUCCAAUCCUCAGGGCAGAAGACAGGCACCAUCCAAUCCCGAGGGCAAAAGACAGGUGCCAUUCAAUCCCAAGGGCUUAGAGUGA